CCGGCGGGCGGGCGGGUGCGGCGUACGCCAUGGCGUCCGCGGAAUCCCGGUCACAGCGCGUGGGCUUCGUGGGCGCGGGUCGCAUGGCGGAGGCCAUCGCGCAGGGCCUCAUCCGAGCAGGCAAAGUAGAAGCUAAGCAAGUGCUGGCUAGUGCACCCACAGACAGGAAUCUCUGCCACUUCCGGGCUCUGGGCUGCCAGACGACCCACUCCAAUCAGGAGGUGCUGCAGAACUGCUCUCUGGUCAUCUUUGCCACAAAGCCGCACAUCCUGCCCGCUGUCCUGGCGGAGGUGGCCCCCAUAGUCACUCUUGAGCACAUCUUGGUGUCUGUGGCUGCUGGAGUCUCUCUGAGCACCAUAGAAAAGCUGCUGCCUGCAGGCACGUCAGUGUUCCGCAUCUCACCCAAUCUGCCCUGCGUAGUUCAAGAAGGGGCCAUGGUGCUAGCCCGGGGCUGCCAUGUGAGGAGCGAGGAGGCCAGCCUGCUGCAGAACCUGCUGGAGGCCUGUGGGCAGUGCGAGGAGGUGCCGGAGGCCUACGUGGACAUCCACACCGGCCUUAGUGGUAGUGGUGUGGCUUUUGUGUGUACAUUCGCUGAGGCCCUGGCUGAAGGCGCCAUCAAGAUGGGCAUGCCCAGCGGCCUGGCCCACCGCAUUGCUGCCCAGACGCUGCUGGGGACAGCCAAGAUGCUACAGCAGGAAGGGAGACACCCGGCCCAGCUGCGGACGGAUGUGCUCACGCCGGCCGGGACCACCAUCUACGGGCUCCACGUCCUGGAGCAGGGCGGCUUGCGAGCGGCUACUAUGAGCGCGGUGGAGGCUGCCACCCAACGGGCCAAAGAACUCAGCAGGAAGUAGAGCCGGGCUCCUGAUGAGAACGCCAGCUGCUUGCCUAGCCACAGCUGCCUGGGGCCCCAGGACUCCUCCUUGCUUGCCCCAGCCACCCAAGUCCUCUCUCCAUCCCUCAUGGGUGUCUCCCCUCUCCCUACACAAGGAAAUGCAGCCCCCACUCUGCAGACCUCCCUUGAUAAUAGUUCUGCCCCCAGUGAGCCUACCAUAAUGCAGGUAGUGUUAGUUCUCAGGUCCUGAAAGCUGGUGUCUUGUCCUGUGCCUACAUCUGAGGAUGGUUGGAGACCAUGAGCAGAGCCACUGGGCCUGGGGCCCUGACCCUUCCCUGGGACUGCAGCCCAGCCCGUUCUUACCCAGCCGGGAACAUGGGGUCCCGGAUGCCCUCUCACUAAAGCUAGAGGCCUCGCAGUGCUGCAGGGCCUCCCCAGGGAGGAUGGGAGAGCCCAGGGUCCCCCAGCCUGAGCAGAUAGCAGGUGGUCUGUUCUUCCCCAAGCUGAAGAGGAGCGAUACCCAGGAAUCUCACCCAACAGAGCCACGCUGACUGGGUCUCCCACAGCUCUCAGGCAGCAGCACCUGGUGGACAGACUACCGAGGUCCAGAGGUGGGCUCUGGUCAGACGGGGAUGCCCUUCCCUCCAUCCUCCUGCCCCGCAGCUCCUGGCACGUGGGUGGAACCCAUGUCCUUCCGUGGGAGUUCACCAGGUGAGGGCGCUGUGCCUCUGGUUCCGUCUCACUGGCCUCUGCAGAUCGCCCUCCAAGGCUUUCCCCGGCCUUCCUUGCUCCUACCCAGCAGCUUCCUGAGAUGGAAAGGGCACCCACUCAUCAGUGAGGUUUGGGGCAGGGUCAUCUUCUAGCUGGGCAGUAACCAGACUAUCCCUCCAUCUAGGGAUAUGUGACAGGAACAGAUAUCCCAUACCUCGUUACCCCUACCUACUGCGUAUCCCUUAGCUGUCCACCAUGACCGGCUCCGUUUUCCUUGUUUGUGGGAUAGGAAUAAAGGUGCCAUCUUGGAGCACUGAA